AGAUUUGCUGCUUUGAGUUAUGUCUGGGGCACUCCGGCUGCAAAAUCCGUGGACGAUCUUUCUCUCAGGUUACCCACUCCUGCACCGAUGCUCAUUGAAGAUGCAAUAAAGUGUACACAAUCGCUCAGAUUAAGGUACCUGUGGAUCGAUCGCUACUGCAUUGACCAAACGGCCACUAAAACUAAACAUCUUCUUAUUCAGAACAUGGACAAAAUUUACCAAGGCGCAACAGUGACGAUCGUCAAUGCUGCAAACGAGGGUGCAGAUCAUGGUCUACCGGGGAUUUCUUGUUUGGCACGCACCCCUCAAGACUUCCUGUACAUCAAAGGAAGGAAGCUUAUCCGAGUACCAGCUAGCAGGGACGCCAUCAGAAAUAGCAAGUGGUCAAUGCGAGGAUGGACAUAUCAAGAAGGACUGCUUUCACGUCGUCGACUGGUCUUCACUAAUCAACAGAUCUACUUUCAGUGCCUGGAGAUGCAUACCUGCGAAUCAAUCACAACUCUAUUCUCGUCCCGUCCCAGACCAGUAUGGGUGGAUAAUCCUCUCUCCGACGAUCUGCAAGCCUUUCCAUGGGGAGUCGCCACACAACCGGGUGAUAUCACCGAACGCAUAAGCACCUACGUGCAGCGGGAAUUAUCGUAUGAGUCUGAUUCCUUGAACGCUUUUAUGGGUAUACUCAAUCAGUUCUGGAAGUCAGAUGAGCCACUGUAUCAUCUGUGGGGGCUUCCAUUCCAUACAAAGACUCCAAAGACAGUACCGUUGGAGACACAACUUUCCAACGCAUUGUUAUGGACUCCAACGCAUGACAAUGACAACAAUUUGCUCAGAAAGCGACAGAGUUUUCCUUCUUGGAGCUGGGUCGCAUGGGAAAAUCUCACGGGAAUAUACGAAGAUGACGUAAAUCUCGGUUUGCAUGGUGGCAACAAUGUCAGUGUCUGCAUCUUAGGUCUCCAUUCGAAUCCGAUCAAAGUGGACGAUUAUGUCAGAGAUAUGGAACUCCAUCGGAAUGUUCACCAAUUUUCUCCACGGUUGACUCUCACGGGCUGGCUGACCCAGGUAUGGUUUUCAUUG